AUGUGGGGACACGAUUCACAAUACAGAAAGGGAUACAGAAAGGGACCAGAGUCACUUAGAGGAACACAACCAACAGGAAUGCUAAGACUACCAUGUUUUUGCUGUGCACCAGGCUGUAAGAACAACAUUGACCACCCACGAGCCAAGCCUCUCAAGGACUUUCGUACCCUCCAAACACAUUACAAACGCAAACAUGGGCCUAGACCUUUUGCUUGUCGCAGGUGUGGCAAAGCCUUUGCACACAAGAGGUCUCUCAAGGACCACGUCAAGGCUUUUGGGAAUGGUCAUGUUCCUUGUGGGAUUGAUAGCUUUGGGGGAGAUCAUGAUGACUACUACGAGGCUGCUUCUGAUAUCGAGCAACAAGAUGAUUGCAACAACAAUGAAUGUUAA